GAGUAUAUGGCGGGAAAAAGGAAAUUCGUUGUGAUGAUUUGACACCUAUCUGCUGACAAUGAUGGGAACUGCUGGAUGUGAAGAAGAUCAGUUUUUGAGCCGACUACAGGAACUCUACUUUUCAAUCCCAUCAUGCAAUAGUUCUCCAUUACUCAGAGCCGACAGUCUCAGGAAUAUAUCAGCUCACCUACGUCUGGCACAGACUCAGGGAAUAUUGCCUGUGGAAGCUGAGGCCUGUGUGUUGAAGGGGUAUGAAGAAGACUACGGGAAAGUUGUUGAUUCCCUAGAUGAAAAAUCAGGUCUGAAUAACUUCGCAGAAGGAGCUCUCACCAUAUGCAGCAAACACAAAAAUGAGAGCCAGAAAUGGAAAUCAACCCUUACUCUCGAUGCCCUUAAAUCAAAGGAGUUUUACCAGAAACUGAAGUCACAAGCCAUGAAUAUUUCCAAGUCUUAUCUGCCCCCAGGAAGUGAGAAUGACCCUGUUUUCAAAAAAACAGACAAUAAGGAAAAUAAUACUGCGAGUGUAGACAAGGGUAGAGAUCAGUCUUUUACCUCAAAUACUCAGAGCAGACAAAAUACCUCACUACCUCAACAGAAGGACAGACAGAAGAGUUGGGGUGAUACACAAGCAUUAAGAGACUUCACACAUAAAAGUGGAGAACACAAACCUGGCAACCACCAAAGGCAGACAACUCCUGCAUGGACAUCCAACUCUAACAGGGAUAUUGAUGGCAGAGAUACUUAUUCUAGAAAAAGACCUUUGUUUUCUAACAAUGGUGGGGCAGGUGGACAGAGAAACUUUGGGUGUUCUGGUGGUCAGCCAUCUUUAUUUCAAAACACCGAGCAUCCAAGUCGUGAAGCUGACCCUCGGUUUGAAGAGGAGGAGGAAGCUGGACCCAAUCUGAACAACCCCUUUAAAACAGCCAAACAACAGCUGGCUAUUGACCAACAAAAAAAAUAUUCUCGAGGAGGGGGCGGUAAUCAAGGUCAAGGUCAAGCCCCAUCAUCUGUGUAUGGGAGGAAAAGGUCCCUUGGAACAAGGCGUGGCCCGUCAAGCAAGUUUAUUCCUCCGAUAGCAGGUCGGGAGGAGAAUGGAGGUGGGGGAGGAAGCAAGCAAACCGGCAGCAGGGGUAAAGGCACUGAUGAAAGUGAGGAGCCGGUUGACGAAAGACUGAAGGGCAUCGAACCCAAGAUGAUCGAACUGAUCAUGAAUGAGAUUAUGGAUCAUGGACCCCAACUGGAUUGGAGUGAUAUUGCAGGGUUGGAUUUUGCAAAGAAAACAAUAAAGGAGAUUGUGGUGUGGCCCAUGCUUAGACCGGAUAUUUUCACUGGAUUGAGAGGUCCACCAAAAGGCUUGCUACUUUUUGGACCUCCAGGAACAGGAAAAACUCUCAUAGGUAAAUGUGUAGCCAGUCAGUCCAAGUCCACCUUCUUCAGCAUCAGUGCAUCCUCGCUCACAUCAAAGUGGGUAGGAGAAGGAGAAAAGAUGGUGCGAGCUCUGUUUGCUGUGGCACGGUGUAACCAGCCCGCCGUGGUGUUUAUUGACGAGAUCGACUCCCUGUUGUCCCAGCGUUCAGACGGGGAACAUGAAGCCUCACGCAGAAUCAAGACGGAGUUUCUUGUACAGCUGGACGGGGCGGGCACGCAGUCAGAAGACCGCAUUCUGGUCAUCGGGGCCACCAACAGGCCACAGGAAAUUGAUGAGGCGGCCAGGCGGCGAUUUGUGAAGCGACUUUACAUCCCUCUCCCGGACACUGUUGCCCGGCAACACAUCAUCGAGAACCUCCUGUCUCAACAGAGCUUCAGUCUCUCAGAUACAGACAUCCAGACGAUCUGUCAUAAAACUGAUGGGUAUUCUGGUGCUGACAUGGCCAACCUGUGUAGGGAAGCUGCCCUCGGCCCAGUCCGCAGUAUCCCCUUUGACCAGAUCGAGACAAUCACAGCAGACCAGGUCCCACCAAUAACAUUUCCAGACUUCCAGGAAGCGUUUCUACAGGUGCGCGCAAGUGUCUCAGAAAGCGACUUGGAUCUGUACUUAGACUGGAACAAACAGUUUGGCAGCUUCGGCAAGACAUAGACAUAACAGGUCUGCAGUGUUUAUCAUGAUGAAUAAACUAAUGGUUGAACACUG